AUAGGACGGAGCCACCCGUAUUGCCAAGCCAGGAGAUGUGGUAGAGAUCACUGGGUGCUACCUCCCCACAGUUCUGUCUGGAUUCAACGCCAUCCGUGUGGGUCUGGUGGCUGGCACAUACCUGCAAGCCCAUGAUAUCAAACUCAUGAAGCAACAGGGCGCCGCUAAGAACGUUGUAUCUGACGAGAUGAGAGCGAAAGUGUUGGAGUUUCGACAAGAUGAGGACUGGUACGACAAGCUCGCCCAGUCGAUUGCACCAGAGAUUUUCGGGCACGAAGACAUAAAGAAGGCACUCAUCUUGUCACUCGCGGGGGGUAGUGCACGAGCAUUGGACGAUGGCAUGAAGAUUCGAGGAGACAUCAACAUAUGUCUCAUGGGAGAUCCUGGAGUUGCCAAGAGUCAGUUGCUGCGGCAUCUGUGCUCAUUAUCACCGCGUGGUAUAUACACAACGGGUAGAGGAAGUAGUGGCGUGGGUCUCACGGCGGCUAUUACGCGCGAUGUGGUUACGGACGAGCUUGUGCUGGAGGGAGGUGCGCUGGUGCUGGCCGACGAGGGUGUGUGUGCCAUUGAUGAGUUCGAUAAGAUGGACGAAAGCGAUCGCACAGCCAUCUACGAAGUCAUGGAACAGCAGACCAUCUCAAUUGCCAAGGCCGGUAUUACCACCACACUCAACGCCCGCGCAGCCAUCCUUGCGGCGGCUAACCCUCUGUACGGACGGUACAAUGUCAGCAAGAGCAUCACAGAGAACAUCAAUCUGCCCACAGCCCUGCUCUCACGAUUCGAUCUGCUAUUUCUUUUACUUGAUCGACCGGACAAUACACAGGAUCGCCGCCUGGCUGAGCACGUUGCUCACGUACACACAAACCUCAGGCCGCCUGAGCUGGGGUUUGAGCCUGUUGAUGGGGAGAUGAUCAGAGCAUACAUGAUAAUGGCAAAGGAGCUCACCCCCACAGUGCCAGCAAGAUUGGCGGAGAGGAUAGUGGAAGAGUACUCACUGAUGCGACAACAGCACUCGGAACAGUUCGGCAUCAAGGCCACACCCCGUUCGCUGCUGGCAAUUCUUCGUCUGUCCACAGCCAGGGCGCGUCUCCGCUUUGCCCCUGCGAUUGAGGAAGAAGACGUAGAUGAGGCAUUCCGAUUGAUCAACGUGUCUAAAGCGUCACUUGAGGAUAUGGAAAAGAACACCAAGAAACGCAAUCCGGGUACCAUAAUCAACGACAUUUUCGAUAUAGUCCGUAAUCUGCUAGAACGCACGCCCCACAAGAUUAUCAGCUACGAUAAGGCGAAGAAAGCUGUGUUGGGCCGAGACUUCACCCAAAGCAACUUUGAGAUGUGUCUGAACUCGUACAUCGCCGCAGGUGUCCUUAUAAUCGAUGACAGCAAUACGGUCAUCAAAUUCGCCCGCGAGGAGAUGGAUGAGUAAUCACUUAAAUCGUCAAUUGAUAGCCUACUAUAUUAGUCUUAAGAUACGCAAUCGAUAUGGUGAUUUGUCCAAAGCGCAAGGAAUGACAAACUAUAUAACAGGCAGCAUUCAAGCCUACCGACGGGUCAACAACGACGCACAGUAUUGAAUCUGCUUCACCUGGAGUAGACUUUGCACCACGGCUAGCGUAUUCAUUGGAUGUACCAUAUACAAGGGAGAUGAGAGUAUGCUUACUGUACAUGGGGCCAACCGGAGCCUAGUAGUACUUGCGCGACGAUCGAACACGGAUCACAUCUAAAUAAGCAUCCACGAGAAAUCACCCACUCGCAAACAAGAGAAAGACCGAGACGUCCGGCGCAUAUGAAGCGUUCGAGCUUAAGAGCUUUUAAAUAAAUACAAUAUAAAUUCGA